GGCAGGGCCACACAGGCUGGAGGAGAAGCUGCUUUUCUGGGCGUCGCCGUGGCAACGCGCGCGGUCGUUUCCGGGAGCCUUGGCGGAGGUGGGCGGAGCUAGGGCGUCGGUGCAGUAGGUGCUGGGAGCUGCGGAACGAAAGGCAGACAGAACUCAGUCGCUCCGGAGGAGGGCCCGUCUGUCCGUUCUUACAAGUUUCCCCCACUCCGGACCUAGGUAUAUGCAAAUCAGGUUCUUCCGCGUUUUAGCGUCGGGUCUGGCCCCAACUUAAAGGCUGACUGAGGACUCUUUUUGCCUCAGAUUUCUUGACCUACAGAAUGCUUCGAUAUCCAUAUUUUUGCAGAACGUAUAAUAGACUGUUUUCAUACUUUGUGGAUUCUGGUGCAUUUAAUUUGGAUGUCUGUCCCCACACAAUCCACACUACAGCAGCAAUGCAUACUGAAUAUAAAGCCUCGGAAGGGAUAGCUCUGUGUGAUACUCAGAAGGUAUAUAGAUCUGAAGAGACGGAUUCUGAAGCCAUGGCUAAAUUACAUAUCCCAGUAAUGGUGGAUGAAGUUGUUCAGUGCUUGACACCACAAAAGGGACAGCUAUACUGGCUGACCAGUGAGUUCCCGGGUUCCACCUUUCUCUGAUUCACCACAGGAACAGUGUUGCUCUUAACUUUUGUGUGGGUGCUUGGAAUCUAACUCAGAUCCGCACGCUUGGACAGCUCUUCACCACUGAAUCAUCUUCCUGGCUCCCCAGUGUUAACCUUUUUGGGUAUGACCUUAACAAUAAUUAAUUGUUUGAUAAUUUUACAGAAGAAACAGAGCAGUAUGUGAGGUAGCUGAAGAUUUGGUCAGUUACUUAGUUUUAGAGUCCUGCUACCUCCGUACUCACAAUACCUUGUAGAUUUUAGUGUUUUCACUAUUCUAAGUUCCUGAAGUUCAGUGUAAAUGAUAUAACUAUGGAUAUCAGUCCUUCUAUUUUUAAUACUAAUAAAAUGUCAGCAUUAGUAUACUUUAUAUAGAAUGUUUGAUUCUUAAAAGGAACAGCUUAUUAAUUGUAGUGUAAAAUUUAUAAAUUUCUUUCUUAUCAAAUAAUUUAUCUUAGCUAAUUUUUACUGUUAUAUCUGUGAUAUGAAAUUUAUCACAAGAUAUUCAAUGUGCAGUUUAGGUAUAUAGCUUUUUUUAUUAUUGACUUAUUUCUAAGAAACCAUUUGAGCUCAUAAUAAAACAAAUCGCAUGACAUUAUAAACUGAAGCAGUGUACCAAUAAAUACAUUGUUGAAAUUUUAUAUGCCUCAGAAGCUCAAAGGAAAUGUUAAAUAAUUUAGUGUUGCUUCAUAAUUCUAACUUUCAUUUCUUUCUUUAACAUUCGAUUUGGAAAUUUGGGGCAAAUAAAAUUGUUGCAAAGCCACUGAUAACUUCAACUGCAAAAUGAAAUUUUUGUCUCUUAGUUUAAUGGUGUUUUCUCCUGUGCACCAUCAUUGUUUACUUCCCAAAGAAACAAAGCCUACCGAAUAGCAUAAUAGAUACACACAGGAAUGUAUCUCAUGUCAAUAGCAUAAUAGAUACACACAGGAGUAUAUCUAAUGUCAAUAUCAAAUCUAGUUUUUGAAGAAAGAUGAUAUGAAGUACCACUAAAGAAUUUUAAAAUUUUUUUAAUUUAAAUUUUAUAGUUUUCACAUUUGUGUAUGUUGACCUUUUUUACUUUUAAAUUUUAUUUUAUUUUAAUUAUUUUUUUAUUUACAUUCCAGUUGUUGCCCCCUCACCCCGUAGUCCCCCCUCCCACAGUUCCACAUCCCAUUCCUCCUCCCACUUGUCUCACAGAAGUUACUUCUCUCCCACCAGACCUCUUCCUUUCCUGGGGCCUCAAGUCUCUAAAGGAUUAAGCACAUCUUCUCCCAGUGAGGCCAGACCAAGUAGCCCUCUGCUACAUAUGUGCCAAGGGCCUUGGAUCAGCACCUGUAUGCUCCUGGUUCAUAGCAAAAUCUCUGGAAGCUCCCUGGGAUCUGGAUAAUUUGAGACUGUUGGUCUUCCUAUGGGGUCGCUCUCCCUUUCAGUCAGGCCUUGGAGUACCCCAUGAGAUGGAUCCCAAGUUGGGCCGGUCAUUGGACCUCCUUUCCUUCAAUCUCUUCUCCACUUUUGCCCUUCAGUUUUUUAUUUUUUUAUUUUUAAAUUUGAUAUUUUAUUUAUUUACAUUUCAGAUGUUAUUUCCUUUCCCAGUUUCCCCUCUGUAAACCCCCUAUUUAAUCCCCUCUUAUCCUGCUUCUAUGAGGGUGCUCCCCCAACCUACCCACUCCUGCCUCACCUCCCUGGCAUUCCUCUACACUGGAGCAUCAAGCCUUCAUAGGAACAAGGGCCUACCCAGGAACAAGGCCCCCCCCCCCCACUGAUGCCAGAUAAGGCCCCUUCAGCACCUUCAGUCCUUCCCCUAACUCCACCAUUGGGGUCAUUGUGAUCAUUCCGAUGGUUGGCUUUGAGCAUCUGUAUUGGUCAAGAUCUGACAGAGCCUCUCAGGAGAUAGCUAUAUCAGGCUCCUGUCAGCAUGCACUUCUUGGUAUCAGUGAUAUUGUCUAGGUUGGUGUCUGCGUGUGGGAUGGAUCCCCAGGUGGAUCAGUCUCUGGAUGGCCUUUUCUUUAGUCUCUGUUCCACUCUUUGUCUCUGUAUUUCCUUUAGACAUGAGCAAUUCUGGGUUAAAAUUUUGGAGAUGGGUGGUGACCCCAUCUCUCAAUCAGAGGAGGGCCAUGCCUAACCUCUGGAUAUGGUCUGGACAAGUUCUCCCUCUCCUUUGUUGGGCAUUUCAGCUAAUGUCAUCCCUGUGCGUCCUGGGAAGCUCUAGCUUUCUGGGCAUCUGGUACUUUCUGGUGUUUUCCCCCAGUUCCCCAUCUCUCAGUGCUACAUACCUCUGUUCAAUUUCCUGACCCUCUGUACAUUUCCUCAAUCUCCUCCCAUACCUGAUUCUGCCCCCCCCUUCCCCUCCUCCUCCUCUCUUCCUCCCAAGUCCCUCCUACCCUCUACAUCCCUUGAUUAUUUUGUUCCCCCUUCUAAGUAGGACUGAAGCAUCCACUCUUUGGUCUUUCCUCUUGAGCUUCAUGUGGUCCAUGAGUUGUAUCGUGGGUAUUCUAAACUCUUUGCCUAAUAAGCGAGUAUAUACCAUGUGUGUUCUUUUGUGACUGAGCUACCUCACUCAGGAUGAUAUUUUCCUGAUCCUUCCAUUUGCCUGUGAAUUUCAUGAAGUCAUUGUUUUUAGUAACUGAGCAGUAUUCCAUUGUGUAAAUGUACCAUAUUUUCUGUAUCUAUUCAUCUAUUGAGGAACAUCUGGGUUCUUUCAAACUUCUGAAUAUUAUUAAUAUGGCUGUUAUGAACAUAGUGAAGCAUGUGUUUUAUUACAUGAUGGAACAUCUUUUGAGUAUAUGCCCAGGAUUGGUAUAGCUGGGUCCUCAGAUAGUACUAUGUUCAAUUUUCUGAGGAACUGCCAGACUGAUUUCUAGAGUGAUUGUACCAGCUUGCAAUUCUACCAGCAAUGGAGGAGUGUUCCUUUUUCUCUACAUCCUUGUCAGCAUGUGCUGUCAUUUGGGUUUUUUUAUCUUAGCCGUUCUAUUGCUAUAAAGUAGAAUCUCAGGAUCAUUUUGAUUUGCAUUUCCCUGGUGACUAAGGAUGUUGAUCAUUUCUUAGGUGCUUCUAGCCCAUUCAAUAUUCUUUUGUUGGGAAUUCCCUGUGUAGUUCUGUACCUCAUUUUUUUAAUUGGGUUAUUUCGUUUUGGGAGUUUAACUUCUUGAGUUCUUUAUAUAUUUUGGAUAUUAGCCCUCUGUUGGAUAUAGGGUUAAUGAAGAUUUUUUUCCAACCUGUAAGUUGUAGAUUUGUCUUACUGACCAUGUCUUUUACCUUAGAGAGGCUUUUCAUUUUCAUGGGGUGGCAUUUAUCAAUUGUUGAUAUCAUAGCCUGAGCCAUUGGUCUUCUGUAUAGAAAAUUUGUCCCUGUGAUAAUGAGUUUGAGGUUCUUUCCCACUUUGUCUUCUGUUAGAUUCAGUGUAUCUGGUUUUAUGUCGAGGUCCUUCAUCCACUUGGACUUGAGCUUUGUGCAAGGUGAUAAAUAUGGAUCUAUUUUCAUUUUUCUACACACAGAAUAUCAUUUAGACCAAUGCCAUUUAUUGAAGAUGCUUUCUUUUUUCCAUUGUAUAUUUUUGGGUUCUUUGUCAGCGAUAAAGUUCAUAGAUCAAGUCCAUAGGUAUGUGGGUUUACUUUGUGCCUUCAAUUCUAUUCCAUUGAUUGACCUGUCUCUUUCUGUACCAAUACCAUGAGAUUUUUUUGUUUGUUUGUUUUUGUGUUUUAAAUCACUAAUGCUUUAUAGUACAGAUUGAGGUUAGGGAUGGUGAUUCCCAGGUUUUUAUUGUUGAGAAUUGUUUUGGCUAUCCUGUUUUUUUUUUUCCCCAUAUGAAGUAGAGAAUUGAGCUUUCUAUAUCUGUAAAGAAUUGUGCUUGAAUUUCAAUGGAGAUUGCAUUGAAUCUGUAGAUUGCUUUUGGUAAAAUGGCCAUUUUCACUAUGUGAAUCCUGUGAAUCCGUGAGCAUUGAAGAUCUUCCCAUCUUCUGAGGUCUUUUUCUAUUUCUUUUUUGAAAUUCUUAUGGUAUAGAUCUUUGAUGUGCUUGAUCAGCAUCACACCAAGAUAUUUUAUACUAUUUGUGGCUAUUGUGAAGUGUGUCGUUUCACUAAUUUCUUUUCAGCCUGUUUUUCAUUUAUAUAAAGGAAGGCUACUGAUUUGUUUGAGUCAAUUUUUUAUCUAGCCACUUUGCUGAAGUUGUUUAUCAGGCUUAGUAGUUCUCUGGGGGGAAUUUUCAGGAUCACUUAAGUGUACUAUCAUAUCUUCUGCAAUUAGUGAUACUUUGACUUUCUUCUUUCCAAUUUGUAUCCCUUUGAUAUUCUUUUUGUUUUCUAUUUGCUCUAGCUAGAACUUCAAGUACUAUAUUGAAUAGAUAGGGAGAUAGUGGGUAACAGUGUUGAAGAUGAAUUAUGUAUAUCAAUUGCUUGAGUUCUUCUUUGAUAAAUAUCAGCAAAUCAAGGUCAAAAUUAUCACCUUCAAUUAUGUGUGGAGCAGGUGAGAGUAAAUGACAGUGUUUAAGGAUCCAGUUGAAAUGUUAUUUUCUUCUCUUGGUUUGCUUUGUCAACUUUAUUAUGACAGAUUUUCUUUUAUCUUAUUAUGUUUUAAAUAUGAUAUGCUUAACAUGUUUUAUGUGCCAAACAAUGGAACAUACAGAAUUUUACUUCUUUUGAAUUUUACUGUCGAAUGAAGAGAGACAGGAAUGCAUGAUAAGUAAAUAUACAAGACACUUUCAACAAUUACUAGUAUUGUGAAUACAUUAAAAAACAAUAUAGGAUGGAAAAUAAUAGAAUAAUUAGAAAAAUGAUUCUUGACUUAAUUGAAGGGAGAAGAUAGCACAUGAUAAUUUAUGAAUAAAUGAUAAUCUUUGGAUUCAAAAAAAAAAAAAAAAAGAAAUGUUAAACUGGAAAACACAAGGCAAGCUUCCCUGUGGUGAUUACUUUGCUAGAGCAGUAAACUUCACAUUUUAUAAGCUAUUACUAGAUACCAUAUAAGGGGGUUUUAUGAUUCACCCAAUAAUACUUUGACAGAAACUCCAAUAAAGUGGAAGAUCCAAAUUGGUCACAGUGAGCUGUGUUGUCAUUAUAAAGGCACUUACUUAUAAAGUCAUUACUACAGCGUUCCUUGAACUACAUUUCAUAUGUAUUUGCAGUGUCCAUGAUUUACAGUUUGUCUCUUCAGGGUUCUUGCUAGAAUACUGUGGAGUAGCCUGUUUUUUGAGUUAAUGCUAUUGAUCUACCCUUAAGUGUUGAUCAUACUUUAUUUACUGCUUUAUUUUUUCUUGAUCAACAGUUAUUAAAAAUAAUUUAGUACUGUAUAUACUCAUGAUUUUAAGAUUACUUCUCAUAAAGAACAACUUCCAGCUUCUGAUUUCUCUUAUGAGCUCUCCUGUGUGUGUGUGUGUGUGUGUGUGUGUGUGUGUGUGGCUGCUCACAUCACUUAGAAGAGGCAAAGGGUGGUCUUUUGCUUUGUUUUGUUUUUUUUUUUUGUUUUUGUUUUUGUUGCCUUUGCCUUAGAACAUAGAUGAAACUUGUUUCUCGUGAUGCCAGCUUUCGAAUCCUGUGGCUAGCAACAUAGCAAACUUACAGUUUCAUAAAUAAUGAAUGAAAACCAACUAUUAUUUUCAGGAGUUACAGUAGAACCAACAUUUCAAACAUUUAUCAGUCUUUUGAUUACCCAGCUCUUGGGAUUUAAAUUUUCAACUCAUUUUUUGGCAGUAUGCUGUGUUAAAACAGAGUUAUUUGAUUCUCCUUAACUCUGUUAAGGACACAUAUAUCUCUCUUAUUAGGCAUGUUUGAUCUUAUUUAGAGUUAUAGAAUAUUUUAACUUGGAGAGGUCAGUCUUUUUUUAACCUUUGCUUUGUCAUUGAAAUUGAAAUAUGAAUAGAUGAAGAUGUCCCCCCUCUUUUUCCCUCUUUCUCUUUUCUCUCUUUCUCUCUUCUAGAACACAGUUCCAGCCUAGCCAUAUUAUUAACUAAGAAGCUUAGCAUGCUGCUUUUGCCUGUUGACUUAACCCAAUCACUUAGAUGUUUGUCAACAUCUGGAUAAGCAAUUGUGAUAAAAGAAAAAAACUAUAUUUCAUAAAGUUAUACUGCAAAUUAAACUUUUUAUUAACAAAUUAAGUUUCCAUUAUUUAUUUACUUUGUAGCAACCUAGUAAGGCUGUAUUUGUUAUUUGAUUGCUUCAGUCAGAACCUGCUCACCCAUAGUAAUACAUGCAGAUGGCACUAAAGAGAUUAGUGGCAUUUACAUUAUACCUCAUAAUGAGGUUAUACCAUUGAGCUUAUGAUAACGUUGAAUAGCAGAUGUACUAUAUAUCCCCAGAAGAUCUGUGGCACUCUUCUUUCAUUUGAUUAUAUGAGCUUGUAUUAUUACAACAGUUAAAAUUUUGCAGAGACUGAAUCUUAUGUACCCCAGGUUAUCCUCCAAAUGGCUAGGGAGCCAAGAAUGACUAAGUCAUGAUCGGAACAAAACGGCAUCAAUAUUUUUGUACUUCCCUUUUGAAUUUUAUUUUUAGUGAUAGGACUUUAACUUACGAUUAUAAUUUUAAAGCUAAUGUUUAAUUUACAUAAAUUAGUGUUGGGAAAAAUUUCCACGUGUGUUUAUCUGCUCAGGAACUAAGGUAAUCUAAAUUGGCUUUUCAGAUUUUCACUUUUAUAACCUUUGUGCUUGCCUCUUUUUUAAGUCCUGCUAUUGAAUCUUAUGGGUCUGCAUGUGCUAGACAAGUGCUUCACAGCUGAGCUACCAAUGCAUGUUUACAUUGUGAGAUUCAAUAAAUCCCUAAAAGACAAAUGUGGUAAUUUUAAGUAUGUUGUGAGAACUGAUAGUUAAACAUUAUGUUCUGAUAAAAAUACCUCAAAUAAUGGAUGAUGUAGUUAUUUCUACCUAGUUUUUCUCUCUAGCAAGAAUUCUUGUAUGUAUUUUGACACUUUGUAUUUCUUUGUGUUUUACUUGCCAUUUAAUUUACGGAACCAAGGAUGAUUUAGAAACGAUUCUGUAGCAUUUCUUCAUUCUCUUCUUAGUGUCUACAUGGUCUUAGUAGUAUGGUUUUUGUGUGUGCUUAUUUGUAAUACCCUGGGAUUCUAGUAUUACUUCAGGACUGUCCAUAAUUAUACUUCCCUUACGGAGCUUUUAAGAGAAAUGACCUGUUUGAUAGUUUUGUCACUUUUGAUCCUCAGUGUGUUUUUGUACAAACCUGGAUAGUAUAGAUUACUAUGAAUCUACUUGAUUAUAAUGUUGAUAUACUUAAUAUAUAACACAGCUUAAUAUUAGUUACUUUUCUAAAUAAUAUCUAAAUGUUUAAAAACUACAGUAAGAAUGAUAUGAAAGAUUAAAAAAUGGUCAAUCUGACUAGAUCCCGCCUCUUUUUUUUCUAUAUUAUUUUUUUUUAUUAUUAACUUGAGUAUUUCUUAUAUACAUUUCGAGUGUUAUUCCCUUUCCCAGUUUCCGGGCAAACAUCCCCCUCCCCCCUCCCCUUUCUUAUCGGUGUUCCCCUCCCCACCCUCCCCCCAUUGUCGCCCUCCCCCCAACAGUCUAGUUCACUGGGGGUUCAGUCUUAGCAGGACCCAGGGCUUCCCCUUCCACUGGUGCUCUUACUAGGAUAUUCAUUGCUACCUAUGAGGUCAGAGUCCAGGGUCAGUCCAUGUAUAGUCUUUAGGUAGUGGCUUAGUCCCUGGAAGCUCUGGUUGCUUGGCAUUGUUGUACAUAUGGGGUCUCGAGCCCCUUCAAGCUCUUCCAGUUCUUUCUCUGAUUCCUUCAACGGGGGUCCUAUUCUCAGUUCAGUGGUUUGCUGCUGGCAUUCGCCUCUGUAUUUGCUGUAUUCUGGCUGUGUCUCUCAGGAGCGAUCUACAUCCGGCUCCUGUCGGUCUGUACUUCUUUGCUUCAUCAAUCUUGUCUAAUUGGGUGGCUGUACAUGUAUGGGCCACAUGUGGGGCAGGCUCUGAAUGGGUGUUCCUUCAGUCUCUGUUUUAAUCUUUGCCUCUCUCUUCCCUGCCAGGGGUAUUCUUGUUCCCCUUUUAAAGAAGGAGUGAACCAUUCACAUUUUGAUCAUCUGUCUUGAGUUUCAUUUGUUCUAGGCAUUUAGGGUAAUUCAAGCAUUUGGGCUAAUAGCCACUUAUCAGUGAGUGCAUACCAUGUAUGUCUUUCUGUGUUUGGGUUAGCUCACUCAGGAUGAUAUUUUCCAGUUCCAGCCAUUUGCCUACGAAUUUCAUAAAGUCGUUUUUGAUAGCUGAGUAAUAUUCCAUUGUGUAGAUGUACCACAUUUUCUGUAUCCAUUCCUCAAUAUAUAAAAAAGACACGUGCUCCACUAUGUUCAUUGCAGCCUUAUUUAUAAUAGCCAGAAGCUGGAAAGAACCCAGAUCCCGCCUCUUAAGGGAGACUAUAGGUCUAGAAGUUGCUCUUGUGAGUUACUGAAUGAAUAUAAAAGCUUCAGUGUUAACUGUGCCCUGUUUCAGACCCGUCAGCCCUAUGCAUUUAGACUAUGUUAAAUGUAUGAGAAGACUUCCUCCCAUAAUCAAUUACUGUAGCUUUAAUGUCUUUAUUUUAAAACUAUGCUUUAAAAUAUGACUUUAUUUGUGAUAGCUCUUAGCUCAAAAUAUAUCUUGUUUAGAUAUGCAAAGGUAAUUUCUUCAUGUUUUUAUUGUUUGUUUUUUCCUAUUUUUAAAUUUUAUUUUUGUUUUUAUUUUUUUAGUGUCUAUUUAAACCUAAAACACAAACAUAUACAUUUUCCUAGAUGUAGGAAAAUGCCUUUAUGUCUUUAUGUCUAAUGUCACACCAUCAUACUAGAUAAUGUGUCUCCAACAUUCCUUUAACGAACCCUUUUUAGUGUGUGCAUGCGCAUGUGUGUGGUGUCAAGAUUUUACAGGUAGUUCAGCCUCUGCUAAGUGUAAGACUCGAGAAGCGCCCUCCCCACCUCCGAGCCCUACGUUCAGAAUAUCCUACUCACAGAGACACUGAGAUGGAGAUCGAUGUAAUAAGCAAGAAGUUUAAUGAUCCAGUGCACUGGGCUGACCAGGUAAUUGAGACAGAGGCGACCUCAAAGAACAAAGGCACACCCUUUAUACUUUUUCAGGGUAUAGGCUUUAGGUUACAGCAUGAGUGUGAGUGAUUAUUUCUCAUUGGUGGGGCUUAUUACCUUUUGAGUUCAUUGGUGGCCGCCCAUUGUCCUUUAAAUUCAUUGAAGGCCCUUGGUGGGGAGACAUCUCUGGUAUGCAGGAGGCAGAGGUGGGGGGUACCACCCUUACUGUGGUUGGGACACUUCCUGAAUAGGGUAUGUACUCAGCAAAUUCAUAUGAAACUCCCUGACCUCAAGCUUAUUGGCAAGUCCCAGUCAUCUGAUGUUUCCCUAAGGUGACUUUUGUCCUUAAAGUUUGAAUCUCACACUAAGCUCUUCACUGAAUUUUCUUACUUAUCCUGCAUCUUCCUUUUAUCUUGCCCCUCCUUUGCUAUGUGGUUACUAGGUGACAACAGCUUUUCAGCUCCAUUUAAUGUUAGUGUACCACUGUCACACAUGGACUGCUGUUGGUAUGAUUCAACACAAGACUUUACCUUGUCUCAUUGGGUUUUAUUUGAGUCUAUUCAGUUAUCAUUGUAUGUUUUACUAAAUACAGAAGUUGUUUCUUGGUGAUGCUCCAGAUGUCUUAGUUAUGAAGAAGCUCGAAUACUACCCUGUCCUGUAAUUGAUUGUAUGCUCUUAGAUCUGUGAUCUCAAGGGAUGUGAUCUCAAGAAGGAUUUGUCACUGUCUUCUGAUUAACUGAGUUCUGUAUGCCAGUAAAGAAAGAAAUCCAUGUAAAGAAUUUCUGUAACUGUAGAUAUCUCCACACUUACAUUUCCUUGUCUUCUCUGCUGUUUCUCGGUCUAAUCAUUCCCCUAAUGACAGGACUUCGGGACUCUUGAUUGACUGUAUGAGUUAAAAGUCCAAAUGCUUUAAGAUGACACUCAUAGCUUCUGUAUUCCCUGAGCCUGUAUUUGUUCUCAUAUUGUUGGAGGAUGUUUUUCUCCCCUCAGCCUGGUACUUGUAAUCAAUCCCAAGGUUUUAUGCUUCCCAGUAAGACCUCUCAAACUGAACCAUACCAUAGAAACUUCUACUCCAGUAUCUUUUCCUUAGUCAGGCUUAAACAUUGGCCACUUUGUACAAAAGAUAAUUUCAAUUUACCUUUGCAAUUUAGUAUGUUUACUGGAGUCCUAUUCCAAGUCUCCAAAAAUAAGUUCUUAAAUUUUCCACAGGAUGCCCCUCCUAAGGAUGACCUUGGUUUUUUUAUUUCAUUAAGUUUUUGAAAAUGUUAAAAUGGGAGAAAAAUAAACAUGACAAAAUAUUUAGAUGAGAUACACUUAAGAGAUGGUGAACACAUUUUUAAUUUCAAACUUGUUGAAAAAGAAAAUAAAAUUUAAAGCAAAACUCAAUGAAAUGAUAAAAAAAUAUACAUACAAUGUUAUCAUUAAUAAAAGUACCAGGGAUUUUGAGUUUUGUAUUUAUAUUCCUUCCAAUAAAUUAACUGACCACCUAAAAGUUGUGUCAAUGUUCAUGGUCAUUUAAAACUUGAGAAAAUCAAACAUUGUUUCUACUAUUUAACGUGUCACUCUACCAUAUUUUAUCGUCUUCAUUUUCCAUUGUCCCUUCAUGGAGUUCAUUACACUCUGUAAACUGUAAUUAACAAUAUGAUAAAAGAUAGCAAUUUAAGAUGAAAUCUUUAAACCUAUUUAUCAUCUGCUCAGCUAAUUUAUUUCCACUGUGAACUUCAGUGCAGAGUUUUUUAGAGAUGUCUUUUUAGGUUUAAGAAAGAGAAGAUAAAUAGGCACACAAAUUGAAAUUGUCUCAUUUUUGGUAUUCCAUUCAUGACUUCUGCUGAUGUUUAUGUUCUCUUUUAUUCUUUAUUUGCAUAUCCUGACUUCAGUGUUUAGUAUAUCCUAUACUGUGUUAAAUGUGAUUUGAAAAUAAAAUUUCACAGUUCAAAAAAUCAUUAUGUUUCAAAAAAUUAAUUGAUAGGAACAAAAGAAAAUAUCUAGACAAAUGCCUAAACUAUAAGAAUCAUAUUCAUAUUUCCUAUCAUUAAUCUACUGGAAGAAGUGAAAGAAUGAACUGUCUAUGUGGUUGAUAGUGCCAAUUGGAAGACCUUUAGUUUCUAAAGCUCUACUGAAUUAAAUGUUAAUUCAGAUCAUAUUAGAACAUCCGGUUAAUGCUGUUAUCAUCAAAUGAAGGCUUUUUUUUUCAAAAAUUCAUGUCUUUUGUAACCUAUCAAUGCCUCAAAAUGUGCAUCUUCUGUGUCUUUUCUUUCCUUUGUCCUAUAGGUGACAAUCACAUUUGAGACUGCCCAGUCAGUGCCCAGAGUACACUCUGCCAUGUAUCUAAGGAGCAGUUCUGUUCAUGUUGCUUUUGCUACAGAUGGUAAAAGUUCUCUUGAUGUAAUUUUCUUGAGAAGGACCCACAGCAAGUUUGUAUCUAUUGAGGGUUCUGACAUUGGUGGUGUAUUUAGCCAUGAUACUAUGACCAAUAUCUAAGCCUAGAAUAUUAUAUUUUUCUAAAUUACUUCUGUGUAAAUAUAGUAUCAAAGGGAAAUUCCUUUGAUAGAUCAUCUGCUAGCUGAAAGAUGUUUAUGAUUCUUUCAAUUCUGAAGCUAUGAGAUAUCUUGUCUACUAAAUUGACUUAGGAUUGAGCAAACUUUAUUUCGUGAAUAAUCAUUUCUGAAGUUUAAAUGUGUUUUUAGUAGUAGUAUUUACAUAGCAAUAAUAUGCAAUUUUUUUCUCCUUGUGUCUUUCCCGUCAGCAUAUCUGAGUGACCUUGUGGUAUUUAUUAAGAUAGUAUAUUCAGCUCCUUUUACAAGACAAUUCUCCUAUUCAGAGAUAUUAAGUAACUUCUCUAACUUUUGUGAUAACUAAAGUAUAAUAUUUUACCUCCCCAAAGUAGAUACUUUGUCUUUCAAUCUCUUUUGUUCCCUCUGAUGUCUCAUUUAUAUCUUGUUUUAUAGUAAUAUAAUAUUUGUAAAUCUCAAAGCAGCUGACUCAUUUAUUGAAAUUUGUAAAAGAACUUUUAUUUACCUAAUGUAAUUGUAAUCUUGGAGGCUUGCUGCUGAAGAAGUUUACCCUUUCUCAUUUUGAACUUUGGCUGGCUGGUUCAACUCAGCUAUUCCGGCUCAAACUCCUCUCUAAGCUGACAGUUUCAACUUGGCUUUUCUCAGCUGCUCAUUCAAUCACUCUGCUUGGUCUCAAAUUAAUUCUGGCAAUUUGUUACAAUCUUUUGGCUCCUUUUCCUUCUCUGGCUUUAACUACCUCUGCUGACCUGCAUUCACUACACUGAACUUAUGAAUAACUCAACCCCACUGCACUGCACUCAUUACACUGACUCCCAACUCGCUCAAUUCGACUGAUUCCCAACUUACUGACUCUUUCUGUGCUGCUCUUAAAUAGAUUCUCUUGGGAAUUGGGUACAUCCUACCUCUGACUCAUUCUGUUACAUUUUUAUCUUAUUUGUCACUUUGACCCUCAAUUAGAUAUCGUUGUUUGGGAGUAAGAGCCUGUCUAUAUUCCAGCCAGAGGGAUUAAAGGUGUGUCCAGCCUGACUGCAUUCUAGCCAGGUCACAUAGACCUAUGAGGUCAUUGGAUGUUAUCAGAGCAGCCAUGUUGUUGGAUUAAAAUUUCUCUGAAGAAAGUGCUUCCUUUUCAUUAUGUUAAUUACUAAGAAGACACUCUCUUGACUGAUUUUUCCCUUUACUAACUUAUUAAAGAUACAUUUCCUUAACCUUUUCUUUGUAACAGCUACUCCAAGCAAGAGUUUUCUGGUGCUUUAGUGUGCAGUAUUCCAAGCUUGAAAUUUGCAUACAUACAUGCAUACACCAUUAAGUACAGAUGGUCCUGAUCAUCUAUACAUGUACCAUUAUGAGUAUGCUUGCACAGGUAUGGACACCUAUGGAUCAGCCACUAGGAUAUAAACAUUUUCUAUUUUUAUUUGUGUCAUAGAAAAACUCACCACAACUUUUUGUUAAUUUAAUGAUUAUGAUUAGACUAUUGGAGAUGGUUUAGGAAUGUACCUUAUUUAUUAGAGUGCUUGCCUAACCUAUGCAA